AUGGCGGCGGCGCCGGCGGCGGCUGGGUCUGGGGCCGGCCGAGGGCGACGGGCGGCGGCCACGGUGGCGGCUUGGGGCGGAUGGGGCGGCCGGCCGCGACCCGUCAACAUCCUGCUGCAGCUGCGGCAGGGCCAGCUGACCGGCCGGGGCCUGGUCCGGGCCGUGCAGUUCACUGAGACGUUUUUGACGGAGAGGGACAAACAAUCCAAAUGGAGUGGAAUUCCUCAGCUGCUCCUUAAGCUGUAUGCAACCAGCCACCUCCACAGUGACUUCGUUGAGUGUCAAAACAUCCUCAAGGACAUUUCUCCUCUUCUCUCCAUGGAGGCUAUGGCAUUCGUUACUGAAGAGAGGAAGCUAACCCAAGAAACCACUUACCCAAAUACAUAUAUUUUUGACUUGUUUGGAGGUGUUGAUCUCCUUGUAGAAAUUCUUAUGAGGCCUACAGUCUCUCUCCGGGGACAGAAACUGAAAAUAAGUGAUGAAAUGUCCAAGGACUGUUUGAGCAUCCUGUAUAAUACCUGUGUGUGUACGGAAGGAGUUACAAAGCGUUUGGCAGAAAAGAAUGACUUUGUGAUCUUCCUGUUUACACUGAUGACGAGUAAGAAGACAUUCUUACAAACAGCAACCCUCAUUGAAGAUAUUUUGGGUGUUAAAAAGGAAAUGAUCCGGCUAGACGAAGUCCCCAAUCUGAGUUCCUUGGUAUCCAAUUUCGAUCAGCAGCAGCUUGCUAAUUUCUGCCGGAUUCUGGCUGUCACCAUUUCAGAGAUGGAUACAGGGAAUGAUGACAAGCACACGCUUCUUGCCAAAAAUGCUCAGCAGAAGAAGAGCUUGAGCUUGGGGCCUUCUGCAGCUGAAAUCAACCAAGCGGCCCUUCUCAGCAUUCCUGGCUUUGUCGAGCGGCUUUGUAAGCUGGCAACUCGAAAGGUGUCAGAGUCAACGGGCACAGCCAGCUUCCUUCAGGAGCUGGAGGAGUGGUACACAUGGCUCGACAAUGCUUUGGUGCUAGAUGCUCUGAUGCGAGUGGCUAAUGAGGAAUCAGAGCACAGUCCAGCCUCCAUUGUGCUCUCUCCUCCAGGGGCUUCUGAGGAGAGCGGCCUGCCUCACUCUUCAGCUCGGACCCAGCUGCCGCAGUCCAUGAAGAUUAUGCACGAGAUCAUGUACAAACUGGAAGUGCUCUAUGUGCUCUGCGUGCUGCUGAUGGGGCGUCAGCGGAACCAGGUUCACAGGAUGAUCGCAGAGUUCAAGCUCAUCCCGGGGCUUAAUAACUUGUUUGACAAGCUGAUUUGGAGGAAGCAUUCAGCAUCUGCCCUCGUCCUCCACGGCCACAACCAGAACUGCGACUGCAGCCCGGACAUCACCUUGAAGAUACAGUUUCUGAGGCUUCUCCAGAGUUUCAGCGACCACCACGAGAACAAGUACCUGCUGCUCAACAACCAGGAGCUGAAUGAACUCAGUGCCAUCUCUCUCAAAGCCAACAUCCCCGAGGUGGAAGCCGUCCUCAACACCGACAGGAGUUUGGUGUGUGAUGGGAAGAGGGGCUUAUUAACUCGUCUGCUACAGGUCAUGAAGAAGGAGCCGGCUGAGUCAUCGUUCAGGUUUUGGCAAGCCCGGGCUGUGGAGAGCUUCCUCCGUGGGACCACCUCCUAUGCAGACCAGAUGUUCCUGCUGAAGCGAGGCCUCCUGGAGCACAUCUUGUACUGCAUUGUGGAUAGCGAGUGCAAGUCAAGGGAUGUGCUGCAGAGUUACUUUGACCUCCUGGGGGAGCUAAUGAAGUUCAAUGUUGAUGCAUUCAAGAGAUUCAAUAAGUACAUCAACACCGAUGCAAAGUUCCAGGUGUUCCUGAAGCAGAUCAACAGCUCGCUGGUGGACUCCAACAUGCUGGUGCGCUGUGUCACUUUGUCACUGGACCGAUUUGAAAAUCAGGUGGACAUGAAAGUGGCCGAGGUCCUUUCCGAGUGCCGCCUGCUUGCCUACAUAUCCCAGGUGCCCACACAGAUGUCCUUCCUCUUCCGCCUCAUCAACAUCAUCCACGUGCAGACGCUGACGCAGGAGAACGUCAGUUGCCUCAACACCAGCCUGGUGAUCCUGAUGCUGGCCCGGCGGAAAGAGCGGCUGCCCCUGUACCUGCGGCUGCUGCAGCGGAUGGAGCACAGCAAGAAGUACCCCGGCUUCCUGCUCAACAACUUCCACAACCUGCUGCGCUUCUGGCAGCAGCACUACCUGCACAAGGACAAGGACAGCACCUGCCUGGAGAACAGCUCCUGCAUCAGCUUCUCAUACUGGAAAGAGACGGUGUCCAUCCUGUUGAACCCAGACCGCCAGUCGCCCUCUGCCCUCGUCAGCUACAUCGAGGAGCCGUACAUGGACAUAGACAGAGACUUCGCUGAGGAGUGA